AUGUUCAGCCUAAAGAGAGCAGCACUCGCCUCCCUCUCCCAACCCCACCAUCGAGCCUCUCCCGUCGGGCUUCUUCGUACAUCCAACAGUUUUCAAUCCAAUCGAUCCACGAUGUCUUCCACUCGAUCCAAAUCGAAUAUCACCUACCAGUAUCAGGACAGUCUGCCCCAACUUCCUGUGCCCGAGCUCGACGCGACUGCUCAGAAGUACUUCCGAUCAAUUCUACCUCUGGUGUCCCCUCAGGAACCUCACUCACCCACUGCCUCUGAUGGAGCGCCCACUCCAGCUUAUAAAUAUACGAAAGCUUGUGUAGAAGAGUUUCUCAAGUCCCCGCUGGUCAAAGAACUUCAAAGCAGAUUGAAGAAACGCGCACAAGAGGAAGGUCGGGAGAGCUGGUUAAGCGAGUGGUGGAACGAAUUGGCAUACAUGGCUUAUCGGGACCCACUGAUCCCAUCCUCGUCCUAUUACAUUGCCCACAAGAUUGAUCAUCAUCGCAGGACUGGACCCAGGAGAGCCGCUGGUUUGGUUCGGGCCAUGAUGGAAUUUAGGCAUCUUACAGAGACUGAGCAGCUUGAACCCGAGCAUAGUCGCACCGGCCCGCUCUGCAUGAACAGCUAUAGAUGGCUCUUCAACUCCUGCCGAUAUCCCGUCAAACCGUCCGACAAGGCCAAGAAGUUCGAUCCCCAAGUCAAUACUCACUUGACAGUCAUCAGGAAGGGUCAAUUUUUCGAGUUCCCGGCCAUCAAACCUGACGGCAGUUGGUUGUCAGAAGCUGAGCUUGAAAUGCAAUUCAAUCGGAUUAUCGAAUUAGCUGGGCCUACUGAAACUAAAUUCCCAGUGGGAGCUCUUACAACUGAACAUCGUGACAUAUGGGCCGAUAUGCGAGAAGAGUUAUGCAAAACUGAUGCACACAAUUCCAAAUCCCUUGAAAGAAUUGAGUCUAGCAUAAUUUGUGUAGCUCUAGAUGAUACUUCUCCGAUCACAAGAGAUGAACUUGGCUUCACAAUCUGGUCCGGUGAUGGCAAAAACAGGUUUUUUGAUAAGCAACAAUUGAUUGUCUGCGAAAACGGUCAGAGCGGUUUCAAUGCCGAACAUUCCUGCAUGGAUGGAACCCCUGUGUCUAGGAUGAACGAUUGGAUGCUUGACGUGCUUGCUAAGAAAAAGAUCGAUUUGGGUUCCAGUUCCGACCCCAAUUUGCCGGCUCCAACCCCCGUGGAAUUCGUACUGUCAGACAUAACGAAGCAGAACAUUUUGAGAUCGGUCACUAAGUUCCAUAACUUGAUGUCCCUCCAGACAUUGGAUGUGUUGGAGUACCCUGGCUAUGGAAAGCGUGUCAUCAAGAAUCAGUUCAAGACAUCCCCAGAUGCGAUCGCACAACUCACGUUCCAAUUGGGACAUUACAAGCUAUUCGGCCGAGUGCCGGUGACCUACGAAUCCUGUCAAACUAGGAAAUUUAAGCUUGGUCGAACAGAAGUAAUCCGAUCGUGUUCUAUUGAAGCUCUCGAGUGGUGCAAAGCCAUGGAAGACGUGCGCGCUGAUUGGCCGGCUCGACUAGAGAAAUUUAAGCUAGCUGCCAAGGCCCAUUUGGCGUAUGCUAAAGAAGCUAGCGAUGGCCAGGGUGUUGAUAGACAUUUGCUUGGAUUGAGACUUUCUUUGAAACCAGGGGAAGAGAUGCCGGCGCUAUUCCAAGAUCCGAUAUACAAAGAAUCAACUAAUUGGAUCUUAUCUACCAGCACGUUACCUUCGGAAUAUUUCAACGGGCUUGGAUAUGGCGCAGUUGUGCCCGAAGGAUUCGGCUUAGCUUACGCCGUCAAUGAGGAAUCAAUGAGGUUCACCGUCACAACUACCACCGGUAAUGGUGCCCGAUUGAAACAUUGCUUACAAGAGGCUGCUGAUGACAUCCACAAGAUGAUGCGAUCUCAAGAAGGUAAAGGUUUACCCGGUGCCAAGCUCUAA